CAACAAUCGAUUGGUAUUAAAAAUUCAAAAGUUAUUAUAAUAAGUGAAAUGAAUAUUUUCUUUAUUAUUGCACAUAGCAGGUCAGUUGCAAAUAUUUUUCUGGCGUGAUCAGACGUAUUUCCUAUACGAUACUUCAUUGAAUUUAGCAAUAUUUUAAAUAAUUAUUUUACUUCAAUAAUAGAAAGUAAAAUUAAAAAUUAGUCAACCUGAAUCUGUUGAAUUAUAUUUAUUUUCAAUGCAUUUAAAACAAAUCAUAGUGAUAUUUUUAUUAGUUAAAGUGACGAGUGGUAAAAUAAAACUUUACGAUUCACCUCUGGAAGAUUCAGCGAUCGAUUUCUAUCGUCAAGUGAGACAAUUUCUCGACUUAUGUUUCACUGAAAAUUUGAAUCCUGUUGUCAUUACUGAAGAUUUGUAUGACGAUAUUUACAAAAUUCCAUGGGAAACAAUAAAUCCGCCUACAAUAAUAAUCAACGAAAAUUUUAAACCCAAAGAAAUCCAAGUGCACAAUCCAUCUUAUCCGACGUACGUUUUGUCGGUUACUAACUCAAUUGAAAAUUUAAAAACACUUCUCAUUAAAUUAAAAUCGACAAGUGUCUGGAGUAUUGAAUCCUUGUAUUUUAUUGUCGGCAACUCUUGUGAAAAUGCUAGCGAAACAUUCAAAAUAUUGUGGAAAAUGGAUUUGUUGAAAUCAUUCUUCUUAUGCCAUGAAUCAAGUAAUAGUAGUCUAAUAAUUUAUAAUUACAACCCAUUCACGAGUUUCGCACCAUAUCCAUGGAAAAAGGUUGCAACAAAUGACAAAGCUAGUAACAAUAAAUGGACAAUAUAUAACCAGCUUUUCUUUAAUGAUAAUAAAAUUUGCCACAAUAUUUCAUUUGACAAGACAAAAAUUUUAGACGGCCAUGAUGUAAAAACUACGUUUUUUUGGAAAUUACGAAAUACAACUACCGAUGAUGUAAUUUAUUCUGGAAAUACAUCUAUUUACUUCUUGCCCAGUAAAAUAUUUCCGCAUUUGGAUACUUUAUAUCCUUUUUUAAACAUUACACCAGUAAGGUAUGUCCUUCAUCCUAAAGUUGCCGACGAUGCAAUUAAACAGGGAUAUUUAAAGGUAUUAGCUGAUGGUAAUUAUGAUAUUAACAAUAACCGAUGGCACAUUUUAAAUACAAAUUAUACACAUUCAGAUAUUAUGACUCAGUAUUAUGAAGUUACAUUUUCAAUAGUAACCCAAAAAAGAAGUUUUAUUUCAAUAGCCAAUGAGAUAGCCAAUAAUUAUAGUCUUGAAAUACUGAUAUUAUCAACGGUAGUGUUAUUACUAAUUUCGAUAAUAAUAAUAAUAAUUAAUAAUUUUGACUUUGCACGAUCGUUUUUGGAUGUUCUUAGUUUGUCACUGAAUAUGGGAAUACUCACGCCUCUCGAUAGGUUAUCGAUGCGUAUUACUUUCUUUACCGGAUUUUUUUUUAUUUUUUCGAUGAGUUCAGAAAUUCAAGGUCAAAUAUCGACAUUAUUGUCAGGACCUUCAACUCAUAAUAUUGAUACGUUACAAAAUUUGUAUGAUCAUAACUAUCACGUGUACUAUGAUCAAGAAUUACAUGAGGAUAUGAUUAGUCAAAAUAUAUGGGUAACUGACGAUGAUAAGAAAUAUUUACAUCCAUGUGGUUAUGUGUGUUUAUAUGAACGUACAAAUAAUCUUAGAAUCAAUUCCACAAUCGCCUGCAUUUAUCAAACUGAUUUACAAUUAAAAUUUAUGAAACCUUUACCAAAUGUACCUAAGAGACCUGUACACCGACCUAUACCUAAUCGUAUACCAAUAAAAAUGAAAAAAAGACUAGUAUUUCCUAAAAGACGAAUCGUUUCUGUCAUUAGACGAAUGCGACGUCGUAAUUAA